AUGGCAAGGGAAGCUAUGAAUUACAAUGACUUGGAGCACAUGUUGCAUCAAGAUGCGGAGCCAAGGAUGAUAAAUUUUUUACUUUUGAAAGAAAUCACAAAUAAUUUCUCCGAGGAGAGAAAGAUUGGUAGUGGUGGGUUUGGAGAUGUUUACAUGGGAGUGCUUCCCAGUCAUAGUAUUGUUGCAGUGAAGAGGCUUUCCAAACUUAUCUCCGAUGAUGACAAGCCAUUUCAGAAUGAAGUUGAAUGUCUCAUGACGGUCAAGCACAGAAAUAUAGCACGGUUUCUUGGUUACUGUGCUUUACAGAAAGGGGAAAUGUUGCCCUAUAAUGGUCGACUUGUUUUAGCAAACCAGAAAGAAAUGCUCCUCUGUUUCGAGUAUCUGUCCAAUGGAAACAUUCGAAAUCAACUGAAAGAGAAACCUCAUCGAGACAACUGGCCUGCACGCUACAAAAUGAUUAGAGGAAUUUGUCAGGGGUUGCACUAUCUUCAUGACAAGCAAAUUAUCCAUCGUGACUUAAAACCUGAAAAUGUUAUGUUGGAUGCUCAGAUGGAACCAAAAAUUACUGAUUUUGGUUUGUCGAGAUUCUUAGAGGAAGGAACAUCCACAUUGGUUACUCAACAAGCUGGAACAUUCGGAUAUAUUGCACCAGAAACCAUUGAUAAAGGAGAAGUGUCACUAAAGUCAGACAUAUAUGCUUUGGGUGUUACUAUGGUAGAGCUACUAUCUGGCAUCAGCAAGAUAAGUCUAUUGAAUUGGACUGAAUAUAUAGACGCGGGCUGCCCACGAGCGACGGGGUGCACCAAAAUAGCUCAAAAUUGCAUGGACCGUGACAAACAUAAGAGACCUACAAUGCGUGAAGUAAUUCGUGACCUGGACAAUCUGGAGAGCACGUUUCCAUGGUCUUCCAUAACCCAGAGUCGUCCUACGCGGCCGGAGAGCACAGUCGUCAAGCUACCAGCAAGAUCAUUAACUAUUGCAUGGGUUGACAAUCCCGAGUACUGGAGAUGGAUUCCAGACCCUGAUGCCAGCUCUGGCGAAUGCGCGAAACUCCUGAGGGUGUGCUAUCUGAAGGUCUCUCGGCUGAUCACACCCAAGGACCUGCCUGUCGCCACCACAAGCUACACGGCUUACCUUGUGUACAGGCUGGCUGGCAGCACGUCGGGCCUGAAAGACACCGUGCAGAUAGCAAGCACACUCCAUUUCGACACUGCCAUCGCUACCAGCCAGGUUAGCCUCCACCCUAAAGAGCGUGGGGCCAGUAGUGCCCGUGGUGUCACCUACCCCGUCACCAGGGGCGAUGGCUGGCUGGAGCUCAGACUGGGGGAGUUCUCAAACGGUAGAGCGGUGACUGUACAGCUCCUCCAUGAGGACGCCAACAAAGAGAUGAGCGGCCUCAUCAUUGAUGGCAUGGAGGUCAGGAGGAGCCUGUAA